ACGUAUCAUUUUAGUAAUCGGAGAUUAGUGUUCUUUGAAGUAUACAAUUUUGAUUUAAAAGAAUUUUGCAAAUCUCAUAACUGAUUCAAAAUGCCGACCUUAAUCAUUCGAACGAAUUUGCCUAGUUCAAAAGUUGACGCUAAUUUUACAAAAGAUAUGGUCAAAAUCGUUGCACAAGCAUUGAAAAAACCAGAAAGCUAUGUUGUUGUUAUGAUCCAUAGUGAUGCCAAUUUGAGUUGGGGUGCAGACGAUCAACCGGCAGCCAUUUGUACUUUAUCGAGCAUUGGUAAAAUUUCUCGUGAUGAGAAUAAAAAAUCUUCGGCUCUCAUUCAAAAGGCGAUUGAAGCUAAACUUGGAAUAUCAACAUCCCGACAAUAUCUAGUGUUUGAGGAUUUGAAAAAAGAAAAUGUUGGCUAUCAAGCGAUUACAUUCGAUGAUUUGAUCUAAUUUAUCAUACUUUAUUUUAAUGUCAUUGUUUUCAUUAAAUGAAAAAUUGAUUAAAAUGAUACAAAAUUUUUAAAUAAAAAGUCAA